GCAAGAAAACCCCCCCACCGGGCCUUCGCUGUCGUCGAUGACCAGUGGGCCCGCGAGACAAUCUAGCCGUUCUUCAUUUUUUUCGCUUUCCUGCCACGUAAACCGACCCGUGGGAUAUCUCGCCCCUUUUUCUAGUAUUUUUUUUUCUUUUCGGUACUCCACGCUCGUUCUUUCGCUUUUCAUCCCCUUCGCGUCCGUUUCUUCCCUUUCUCCCCCCAUUUUUCUACCUCCCUUCUCCAUAGCUCACGCUCCUUCACGCACACGCCUCGCUCGCGCGCGCACACAGGGGGGAGGAGGAGGCAGGUCGGCGGCAUGGCGGUGGCGAGCUGGAGCAUUCCGGCGAUCCCGCGGGCGGGUCCGACAGCGAGGGGUGUGCUGCUCGGCGGCGCCUUCGUGACGGCCGCGCGGCCGCCCGUGGCGUGGCGGUGCCGGGCCACGCUCCCUAGGAGAGUGAGGCUCGGUGGCGUGGUGGCCCGUGCCGGUGCGGCGGAGACGCCGGUGGCCGGCUCCGGGGAAGCCGGGUUGCUGUUCUCCGAGAAGUUCCCCUUGCGCCGAUCCCGAACGGUGGAAGGGAAGGCGUGGGUGAGGGUCGAUGCGGAGCCGGAUGGGGAGGGCAAGUGCAAGGUUGUGAUCGGGUGUGAUGUAGAGGGGAAGUGGGUGCUGCAUUGGGGUGUCUCCUACGAUGGUGAGCAGGGAAGAGAAUGGGACCAACCUCCUUCAGACAUGAGACCUCCCGGUUCAGUGCCUAUUAAGGACUAUGCAAUUGAAACAUCUUUGGACACUCCACACAAUUCAGAAGGCAAGACGAUUCAUGAAGUGCAAAUCAAAAUUGAUAAGGGCACAUCAAUUGCUGCUAUCAAUUUUGUUCUAAAGGAAGAGGAAACAGGUGCUUGGUUUCAGCACAAGGGUCAGGAUUUCAGAAUACCUUUAAGUGGAUCCUUUGGUGGAGAUCUACUAGGAACAGAACAAGAUAUUGAUGUCAGGCCAGGGGCUUUAGGUCACCUAUCUAACGUGUUACAGAAACCUGAGGGACCUAUUGCUGAGCCUCAUAAAACUGUACCCGAUGAUAAAGGUUCAAGAACCAAACACAUUUCAGGUUUCUAUGAGGAAUACCCAAUCUUAAAAACGGUGUAUGUUCAGAAUUUUAUAACUGUUAAUGUGAGGGAAAACAAUGGAACAACUAAACAUGCUGUGGAAUUCGACACUGAUAUUCCUGGAGAAGUUAUCAUUCAUUGGGGAGUUUGCAAAGACAAUACCAUGACAUGGGAGAUCCCCCCAGAACCACAUCCACCUGCAACGAAGAUAUUCCGACAGAAAGCUCUUCAGACCAUGCUACAACAAAAAGCUGAUGGAACAGGCAACUCUCUAUCAUUCUUACUGGAUGGAGAGUAUUCUGGUCUGAUUUUUGUGGUAAAACUUGAUGAGUAUACUUGGUUGAGAAAUGUGGAGAAUGGAUUUGAUUUCUACAUUCCUCUUACAAGAGCAGACGCCGAGGCUGACAAACAGAAAGCCGAUGAUAAGUCUUCACAAGAUGAUGGCUUAAUCAGUGAUAUAAGGAAUCUGGUGGUUGGGCUGUCGUCUAGAAGAGGUCAGCGAGCGAAGAAUAAAGUUCUGCAAGAGGAUAUCCUACAAGAAAUUGAGAGGUUAGCGGCAGAAGCUUAUAGCAUUUUUAGGAGCCCCACAAUUGAUACUGUAGAGGAAUCUGUUUACAUUGAUGACUCAUCCAUUGUGAAGCCUGCUUGUUCUGGUACUGGAUCUGGAUUUGAAAUAUUGUGUCAAGGAUUUAACUGGGAAUCUCAUAAGUCAGGAAAAUGGUAUGUGGAACUUGGCUCAAAGGCCAAGGAGUUGUCAUCGAUGGGUUUCACCAUUGUCUGGUCACCACCACCUACUGAUUCUGUGUCGCCUGAAGGAUACAUGCCAAGGGAUUUGUAUAAUCUAAAUUCCAGAUAUGGGACCAUGGAAGAGUUGAAGGAGGCUGUGAAACGUUUUCAUGAAGCCGGUAUGAAGGUUCUUGGUGAUGCCGUCCUGAAUCACAGGUGUGCUCAAUUUCAGAACCAAAAUGGCGUCUGGAAUAUUUUUGGUGGACGCCUUAACUGGGAUGAUCGAGCAGUUGUUGCAGAUGAUCCACAUUUCCAGGGAAGAGGAAACAAGAGCAGUGGAGAUAACUUCCAUGCAGCCCCAAACAUUGAUCACUCGCAAGAGUUUGUGAGGAGUGAUCUUAAAGAAUGGCUUUGUUGGAUGAGAAAGGAAGUUGGAUACGAUGGAUGGCGACUUGAUUUUGUUCGCGGAUUUUGGGGUGGAUAUGUCCACGAUUACUUGGAAGCAAGCGAACCAUAUUUUGCAGUAGGAGAGUACUGGGAUUCUCUCAGUUACACCUAUGGUGAAAUGGAUUAUAAUCAAGAUGCCCACAGGCAGAGAAUAGUUGAUUGGAUAAAUGCUACAAAUGGAACUGCUGGUGCAUUUGAUGUUACCACGAAAGGAAUACUUCACUCUGCACUGGAAAGAUCUGAGUACUGGCGUCUGUCUGAUGAAAAAGGAAAACCCCCUGGAGUGUUAGGUUGGUGGCCUUCGCGUGCUGUCACAUUUAUAGAAAAUCAUGACACUGGUUCUACUCAGGGUCAUUGGAGAUUCCCCUUUGGUAUGGAGUUGCAAGGCUAUGUCUACAUCUUAACUCACCCAGGCACUCCUGCAAUCUUCUAUGAUCAUAUAUUUUCGCAUUUACAGCCAGAGAUUGCUAAAUUAAUUUCUAUUAGAAAUCGCCAAAAGAUCCAUUGCCGUAGCAAGAUCAAGAUACUGAAAGCAGAGGGAAAUUUAUAUGCGGCAGAGAUUGAUGAGAGGGUAACAAUGAAGAUUGGCGCAGGACAUUUUGAGCCAAGCGGCCCCACAAACUGGGUAGUUGCUGCCGAGGGACAGGAUUACAAGGUCUGGGAAGUGUCAUCGUAGACUUGCCGCGCUGGUACUUGCAGAACUUCUAUUGUAGACAGUAUACAACCAUUCGGUAUAGCUCACAAAAGGAAAACUGAAUAGCACAAAGCUAGAGUUCGGCAUCCUGCUGAUGGUACCAAGAAAAGAAGUGGACAGCAAGGGCAAUGGAACCACUUGUCCUACCGAAAAGAUUUCACCAAUGCAGUGAAAUUACAUUGUAAAUUCGAACAUUUGAUCAUGCAGAAUCACCGGUUAUCCUGUGAAUAAUUUGUCUGCAGGCAAUUCGCCUGUUGAUGUAUGCAUGUUCUUUAUACAUUUUUGCAGAGAUACCUCCACCAUGUUGGAGCUAUGUAAUACUAUGUGAUACACUUUGGCGAUAAAUAAAUGAAGUGCAUGCAUUUCUUGCUA